GAGAGAGAGAGAGAGAGAGAGAGGAGAGAUUGGUAACAAUGGCAGCCUCACUACAAGCAGCGGCCACUCUCAUGCAACCAACCAAGGUUGCAGUUCCUUCUAGAAACAGCCUGCAGCUCAGGUCCUCUCAGAGUGUUUGCAAGGCCUUUGCUGUAGAACCUGCUGGCGCUAGGCUGACUUGUUCUCUACAAACCGACCUUAAGGACUUGGCUCAGAGGUGUGCCGAUGCUGCCAAGCUUGCCGGCUUUGCGCUCGCGACUUCGGCCCUCAUCGUCUCGGGAGCAAAUGCUGAAGGGGUUCCAAAGCGUCUAACAUACGAUGAGAUCCAGAGUAAGACAUACCUUGAAGUAAAGGGAACUGGUACAGCUAACCAGUGCCCAACUAUUGAUGGUGGAGUUGAGAGCUUUGCCUUCAAACCAGGCACAUACAAUGCCAAGAAGUUCUGCUUGGAACCCACAUCAUUCACUGUUAAGGCUGAAGGUGUCAGCAAGAAUGCCCCACCCGAGUUUCAAAAGACCAAGCUCAUGACCCGCUUAACUUAUACCCUCGAUGAGAUUGAGGGACCAUUUGUAGUAUCUCCUGAUGGCACUGUUAAGUUUGAGGAGAAAGAUGGGAUUGAUUAUGCUGCUGUUACAGUUCAGCUUCCUGGUGGUGAGCGUGUGCCCUUCCUCUUUACCAUCAAACAGCUUGUAGCCUUAGGCAAACCGGACAGUUUUGGGGGCGACUUUCUUGUGCCGUCAUACAGAGGUUCAUCCUUCCUAGACCCAAAGGGAAGGGGUGGAUCUACUGGUUAUGACAAUGCAGUUGCUUUGCCAGCUGGAGGGAGAGGCGAUGAGGAGGAGCUUGCAAAGGAGAACAUAAAAAAUGUUGCAUCUUCAACAGGAAAAAUCACGUUGAGUGUUACUAAAACCAAGCCUGAGACUGGGGAGCUAAUUGGAGUUUUUGAGAGCAUUCAGCCAUCUGAUACUGACUUGGGAUCAAAGGCUCCCAAGGAAGUGAAAAUCCAAGGAAUCUGGUAUGCUCAACUUGAGAAGUAGAGUGCUUUAGCACAUGUAAUCUCUUUUUGGUUCGGAUUUUGUUGAAGAUGUCGCUGAACUUUCCUCUGCCCAAUCGAGCCUAUUAUCAUGCUUGUAUAUUAUCCUUAUAUCUUAUGAUAAUGCUUUCAAAUUUCAAGUAUCAUUUUAGAUGAUGAUAAAAUGUAGAGAAGUUUGAACCCAAUACACUAUGCGAUUGUAGUUUGAUAUACUGCUCAUUAAAACGUUUUAGCUUCCCAAAAUUGAGGCAUUGCACGGACCUCCUCCUUAAGGUACAUGUUUAAUGAAAUCUCCCUAGGCAGGUCAGAUGAAGUUCCUUGGGAAGUGGAAUGAGCUGAGUGAUUCUGUUGCACAACUAACUUGAGUAAUU